AAGCACCUCUCUGCACGGCCAUCAAGGUAGUGGAAAACGACUUUGGAAGCCGAGCAUGUCUAAUUUUUUUCCUGUUGCCUGCAGAGAGAGCGGCAAGAUGCCAAAGGAAAAACAGUUGAGAUGCCAAUGGCUUGUUAUUGCUUUUGUUCGCCCUUCUUGUCGGAGCCUCUUUCUUUUCUGCUCCCUAUCAUUUCCCACCUUUUCCCCGACACAAAUUGGCUGCAGGUAUUGCCCUGGGCAAGAGCACUCUUCAUCACAUACACUCUAAAAGGAAACGCGCAGCGAAGGAAGAAGAAGAAAAAGUAUGCAGCCGAAGCUGGAAUUCACCAGGCCCGGGCGCAGUGCUGCAGCACCGAGACCAGUAGCAGCGUACAGCCAGCAGCAGCAGCAGCAACAACGGCGGAGGCGGCAGUCAGUCGACAUCAUAGCGGGCGCGGUAGAGCCUGAGGCGCGGCCGGUCAGCCGGCAGAGCUCCUCGUCGGAGGACGAAAUCGAGUCGAUGAAGCGCAGCAUGGCAGUGAACCUGACGACGCUAGAGAAGCAGCGGCGGGCCAAGGCAAACCGGCCAUCGCCGGUGACAGACAACGCAACAGCGCCGCCGACGCACCUAAAGACCGGCCGCAACGACCCCCGGGCAGCAUCGCAGAUGGCGGGCGGGCAGCGGACACAGUGGCAGCACGAUGCCAGCAGUAGCGUCGGCGGGGCACGGCGUGCGCGCAAAGAGCUGAUACAGCAGGCGAUGGAGCUGUCGCCGCCGGUCCCGCAGGUGCCAUCGUUCAUCCAGCGCCAAUGGCCAAAGGACAGCAAUGUGUAUCCGCGCGAGCACCAGCCGUAUUUCUAUACCAGCAGCCCACAUGAUCCGGCGACCACUGCCCAGCACCCCAUGACAGCGGCUCCGGGCGCUGCGGUUUAUCCGCCGCUGCCUGACUCCCCAUACCACGUCACGCACGCACAGUGGGCUGCGACCAGCGGUGCGUUGUCUGCGUCGCCGCCUGUGGCUCCGUACCAGGCAUUCCAGGCGGCCUACCCCGAGUACAGCGGCCCAGCACCACACUAUACGAUGGCGCCUGAGAUUGUUUAUGACCGGCCAGGCAACCCAGCAGGCCAGUAUUCGCUAGACCCGAGCGAGCGCGCGGAGACAGCGGCCUCGUCGGACUCGUUUGCGGUCAGCCCAUAUCACUAUGAGCGCCAGACGUACCAGCACUAUCAGCAGCAAGCACACCAGCCCCAGCAGCAUGUUGGGUCGCCAGUGCACCUGGCGCCUAUGCUAUACGCUGGCUCCUCUGGGUCGCCGACAGACCAUGGCCGCGUAGAAGUUAGUGCGGUUAGCCAGCAACCAAUGUAUCUGCCGCAUAUGGCAUACUCUGGUUCGGCUGGGUCACCGCUGGAGCAGACACAUAUACACGCUAGCGGUGGAAGCCAGCAGCAGCAACCGCUAAUGUACAAGGCACCAAUGGUUUAUGCUGGCUCGCCGACAAUGGAACAGGGCCGUUUGAACGGCAGCGUUACGAGUCAGCAGCCCGUGCACCUUGCGCCCAUUGUUGAGCAGCCAAGCAAUGUGCCCAGCGGAGUGAAUCUCAAGGCGGAGAAUGCAGCUGCACCAGCCGGCGCGGUGACUCUGGCUAACAAUAGCAGUGCAAGCGUGCUGGCCAAUGCAUCUGACGGCGACUUGUUCCGACCAGCAGCCAAUGGCACGCAGGCAGAAGCAGACUUGCCUGCGAUUCCCACCGACAAGAAACAGCCGUUCCGGUUCCCUCUCGUCCAAGAGAUGCAGGAGCAGCAGCGGCGGCGGCAGCAGCAGCAGCGCGGUGUUCAGGAUGCACCAUCAAUGCCGGCCAAUGCCAAUGUUGGAGGUCACGAGCCGGCUAGGGGUCCUGGAGAGGCGCCGUCGAGUAUAGUGACAACCAACGGCGGUAUUGCUAUCCAGGAGCUGUUGAAUUCGCCGACAGAAGCGGAGGCACUUCACCAGUUCAUUGAGAAAGAGAAUGAGCGGCACCGGCGGGAUAGCGACGCUGUGCGGCCACCGCUGCCGCCAAUCCCACCAAUGAUGGCUCCUAUUCAGCACGACAGCAGCCCUGGGUCGCGCAGCAGCUACCACAGCGCUGGCCACUCCAUGUGGCAGCCUGGCCGUGCCGAGACUGUGUACCAGGACUUUGCAACUGCCCACCAGAGCCUAAGCUCCAUGGACGGCGGGCUGGGAGCGGCUCUUGGGUAUUCAAUGGACACACAUAUGGCGAAGAUACCAGAGCUGCCAACAGCCCGUGCACCGCUGUCGACGAUUCCGUCAUCCAGUGAUAUCCCGGCCGUGCCUGUGGCGGAGCGAACCCAGCUUGUGCAUACCAACGAGGUUCAGCAGCCGAAGCAUUCGAAAGAAUUCGGCUUUGAUUAUUACAAACACCGGCGUGUACUGGACAGUGCCAUCGCACAGCGUGGCGACGAUAGUUCGGAGGCAUCUGUCAUCGGCGAACAUGAUGAGGAUAAAGCGACGCCGAUGGAUGAUGCGCUCGACUACGACCGCUGGAACGCACAGCUCAUGGAAUCCCAGAUAGCGGCGACAACAGCAGGGACGGCUCAGCAAAAGUCGGUUGGGCUGGGAGUGUCGCCCGAUGCGGUGUUUGAGAUGGAGCGGCCAGGACGCAAAGGCACAGUUGAGUCUCUGGAUAAUGUGCUUGAGUACUAUCGCAACCGGCCAUAUGAGUCGAUUGUCGAAGAAAGCGAAUCUGACGAGCAGCGCAAGGCGCCGUUCCCAAUGCUCGCACCCAGCAACCACCGGCCACUGCUAAACUCUAGCAAAUACCCGAUGCGCAAUGAGCCGACCAGCCCCGCAUACCACCGCACGUCGUUUUCGUCGCCUGUGCACAAGCCCGAUACGCCGCCGCUGGUGCGUGUGCCUGAGCUGGUCAAGGUCAUCGAAAAGCACACGUCCAGGCAAGCAGCAGCGGCUUCUGCGGCUGUUUCUGUUGCUACACAGGCUGGGUCGCCGCCAAUAUCGUCCACCGACCGUGCGGCUGUGGCUGAGUCGACACAGGAGUACCAGCCUACGCCUAUCGCCAAGAGCCCGCAGGCAGGUGUGCCGUUAGCCGAGAGUGAACGGCCUGUGGAUACUGGUGCUUUAUCACCUGGUCGCUGGGCAGAAAGUACUGGCAGUCAAGCCAAAGAUCCGUAUGCGAUACUGGAGCAGUUGGGGGACCCUGAAGACGACCUGUUGCUGCCGCCAACAGCAGCAUCACCUGUGUCCCCCGAGCAGGAGCCGCAGUUUCCGUCGCAGCCGCACAUGACGCAGCACCAGUUGCCCCCAGACUCAGUCGACAGCCAGAUCAUGGACGACUACGUGCAGAUGGAAUCCAUUGAGGAGUUUGGGAUUCCGUUUGAUUCGGAUGCCGGCGAGCAGUUCACCGACUACGGAUAUACGAGCACCACCAGCUCAGACAGCUUUGGUGAGCCCGUAGCGCACAGCGCCAGUAUGCUGGGCGGCGGUGUGAUCCGUGAGCACUAUGAGGUCGACCGGCUGGCAGAAGCACUGGCAAACACGCACUUGAUGUCUCAAGCGGCCCUUGGUGAGAGCUCUGAUGAGGAGACAGACCGCUUGGUUGCUGGCAGGCCAGAAGAGUCUCAGGGCCACAAGACAGCCAGUGACCAGCUUGAACGCGGGGGCGAUGCUGGAUCGAUGAACAAGAAGCCGAGCUCGGCGCGCACAAACACAUCGACGCUGACAGCAUCGUCCUCCGGCGACAAUGGGCCUGCACAACACGCUGGCGGAACAGCUACAGCGCAGACAACCAAUGUAAACACUGUUGUGGCUGGCACUGCGGGGGGCACUGCGGCGGUGGCUGUGGCGGCAGCAGCAGCAGCGGCAGGUAAUCUGCCGUUUGAUAUCAUGGAGCUGACGAGCGAGCUUGAGCUGAUGGUGGGGCGUGACCAGGAGGACUACAUGAGCGAUCCUCUCUCGCCAUCGUCGGUGGAUCUCGGUGUGCUGCAGGCGCUAGGACGGGCGGUGCAUCAGCAGGUUCUGCUGCACCAGCAGCACCAGAUGAACCGGCGCAAGAGCAACAUGCAGAUUAACACUGCGCCACUGCAGCUGGCAGAGCAGCAGCAGCAGCAGGUCAGUCCAGAGCUCGAUGACAUGGUGCAGUACGAUCAACAGCUGCAGGCUAUGGCCAAGGAGGUGUCGCAGUACUGCGACGAGUCGGGGCUUCGGCAGGUGUUCCCGUUGUCGGCGAAGUGGUUCAGCUGGCUGGCAAAGUACCCGCACCGGAUCCUGCCAUGGCGCAAGUACCAUGACGAAGACGACGACAUUAACGACAGCGAAGACGACGACAACAGCGACUGCAGCUCAGAGUCGAGUUUUGGCAUCCUGCCGCCAACACAGGCAUGGCCGCUGCCGCCAACAGACAUUCUGAGCAAGGCACGGAUUCCGAUGUCGGCACGGCGGCCUUUGCUGGCGCGCAAUGUGAUCGCGUCGCAGCGGCAGCUGCCUGCGGGAAUCGAAGCGCACUGGCAGUACUACUCUGUGAUCAACCAGAUAGUGACGGUGGCGAGCGGCAUCCACCGGCAGCUGCAGGGAGAGCGGGACCACACGUUUGUGGUGCACCAGCUGGCGGCACUGUACCAGUUCCUGGGCGGCGAGUUCAGCAAGUUCAAGAAGCGCAUCGAGAAGGUGUUUGACGCAGCGAAGCAGAUGCUGGACUUGCAGCCAGUGCGGCUCGAUGGCCCGCGGCGGCAGGCGGACGGGCGGCUGGUUGGGGAGCCGGUUCGGCUGCUGGAUCCGGACUGCGCGCAGGUGAUUGCGAAGAUGAUGCAGGACAUAAUUGUCGAGGCACUGUACUCCAAGUGGGAGAUUCCGGGCGAGCCCCUGGCGACCAAUACACCCCCGACAGCGGCAGGGCGCGGCAAGGCGCAUGGGCUGGGGAUUGACGGCACGCAAUACGUGGUGGCGACCCUCAAGGGCCUGCCGACACGGCCAAUUGUGCGGUACCUGGCGCGCGAGCUAAAGGCGGUGAAUACGGCGGAGCGGCGGCGGCGUGGACGCAACAUGUCGCGCAACCCGAGCCUCGGGCACCUGCGGUUCCAGCAGCAGGCGGUGCAGCAGCAGGCGAUGCAGCAUCCGAUGCCGCCUCUGCCGCCAAACGACAAGGGCAGUGGCAGUGCAGGGCACAGAGGCGAUACGCCGGCCAGGGGGCCGAAGGCUACCAUAGAGCCUGGUGCGGCGGCGGUGCUGUCAACCGUGGUCAGUGCGCCCGAGGAGCAUUAAGAGCCAACUUUGUUCCAGUUUAAUGAAUAUGUAUUGGAUUUACUAGAGAAUGGCAACUAGGCCAUGGGCGAGAGAAUGCGCGCAAGAGGCGGCUUCGGGUUGCUGGCCCGGUAGCCAAUGUAGAGGAUCAGCGGAAUGUAGCCCCAGUGGACGAGAGUCUUGCCGAUGGCGGUGCCGCGGACGAUAGCCUCCUUGACAGUGUCGUUCAUUUUGAAAGAGUAUUAAAAAGGCGAAUUGGAGCGUUAAUUGGAGAAGAGAGAGGAUAAAAAAAGUAGGACGAAAAAGGGGGCGAGGCUUGAUCGGAUCGAGGUGGAGUUAACAGGCGGCAGGAUGGGCGAUGACAGU